UCCCCGCGGGUAGUUGUACAAGACAGACGUAUAAAUAAGUUGCCUACUUUAUAAAUACAUUUUAAUUGUUUUUAUUAUUUAUUUUAAUCUAAAUUUAUGUACCAACUUUAAUUACUGCUGUUAUCUGCCAGUGGUUACGUUAUCUCCUCUCUAGUUUUCCUUAAUAAAGAAAUGGAGUCAAUUCAAGAAUCUCUAGAACAAAUGAAGGAACAUUUCUCAAGUAAGAUGGCGGCAUUUCAGGAGGAUCUUCACAAGGCUAGUACUGCACCGAUUACCCUUGCUUCAUUAGCAACGGACUUCAGCGAUUUCAAGUCCUCCAUCUUAGCUACAUUGAAGAUUCUACAACAACAGGUUGAGGUUAUCGCCAAGCAGCAAGACCAGCUUGAAAUGCGCAACCGUCGCAAAAUCCUUCUUGUGCAUGGUGUUCAGGACAGCGGCAAAGACACAUCUUCAGAGGUGAUAAAAAUUAUUACUGAGCGACUCAAUCUACCCAUCACUGAAGAUUCCAUCAGUCGCAGCCACAGGAUGGGACGUAAGUCUGGUGAGAAGCCUAGGCCAAUUUUGGUGAAGUUUCGCAAUCUUGAAAUUAAGGACAAAGUUUGGUUCUCAAAAACUGGGCUCAAGAAUAGUGGCAUCACUUUCUCUGAAUUUCUUACCAAGGGCAGACACGUCGCUUUUAUGGCGGCUCGGAAGCAUUUUGGUAUAUCCAAGUGCUGGACUCGUGAUGGAUCGGUGAUUGUCGAUGGACCAGACGGUAAGAGACGACGUUUAAAUUCAAUUACUGAGUUGAAUCGUCUAAUCGAUUCAUUGCCGGGUACAGGUACUGGUGAGGUCAAAUUGCCAGCAAGUGUUUCGGCCGCUUCGAAGACAAUGGAUAGGCGGGAUCAGGCUGGAUUGAGUCGCACUAAGCGAGUUACCAAAAGAAUUUAG